AGAGAGAGAGAGAGAGAUGCUCAGCUUUUGAAUUUUGACCGUUGGUUGGAUGUCUCAAAGCUCACGCAUCUCCAAAAGAAAGCACACUUACUGAAAAAGUUUAGGAGAAAUUUUUACCACAAACCCCGGGGAUCUGCUCACCUGCUAGUCGUCUCCACAAAUUUCGUCAUUUUUUUUUUCUUCUAAAUUUGAGACCUUUUCCUCUAAUCCCAGCCGCCUAUCCAGUCACCACUGACGUGUUUUUUUUGUAGAUUUUCGGAGAAAACGGAGUCCUUUUGAGGUUUUAGGGAGUUUGGUGAUGAUGAGCCUGGGUCAAGAUUUGAGCUCUUUCCCCCUUUCGGUUUGGUUUCUAGAUUUGUAAUGCUGGAAUCCAGUGGAAGUUUUGAGCUUUUUCCAGUUUUUUCUUUUUUAUAAUCUUAUUUUUUUUCGUUAGUGGAGGUCAUCCUUAUCUAUGUUUGAUAAUCUCUCCCUUUUGGAUCUUGUCUAUUAAUUAGAUAUUUACUUACAAAUGGGCAGUGAAUUUGUGAGUUCUGUCAGUGUUCUUGGCUGAUAAUUUUUGGUUGGAUUUACUAGUGCUAGUGCUCGUGCUUAUCCGCUCAAAGAUUUUACUUUUUUCUGAUUCCUCGUUUUCAUGGAUGGGAUGAAAUUUCCAUCUUUGCUUUUUUUAGAUAUACUCUUUUUCACAGAUUUGUGAUAGUUGGUGAGAAAAAAGUUGGAACUUUUAGCACAUUUUCAGUUUCUUUUAGGAGAAAGGCCUUCAAGGCUUUGGUUUUUUUAUUUUUUCUGCAAUUCCUUUGAGCUCUAGUCCGAUUCAGAGAUCAUUUUAACCUGUGAGCGUCUUACUUUUUAAGCAAUUAGGCGUGAGAUGAAACUCCUUGGCAUGUCUUUUUAUUGAAUGCUAUUAGUUUCAUAGUGUUUGUUGGAUUGGUAGCUAGAUGUGGUUUUUUUAACAGUUGGUUCACGGGAUAUACACUUGCUCAAUCACAAGAAAGGUUUCAGAUUCCCAUCUGUGUUUUGUUAAUAAACACUUGUUCUUAGUGGGUUUUCGGUAUUUUUUUUACUUUCCGGAAUUAGGGGAAAAGAUAAGCAUUGUAGAUUGUGGUUUGAGAGCUUUGUGUUUUGUUGAGAUGGGUCAUUCAGCAGGUAUUUGGGACCAGAAAUCUGAGUUUGAAGUUGUUAAGGAUUGGAAUGGGAUAAGCCAAGUUGUACUUCGAUCUCCUCGAGGAGCUUCGGCUCGGGUUAGUCUUCAUGGUGGACAAGUAAUAUCAUGGAGGAAUGAUCGAGGCGAAGAACUGCUCUUCACUAGCAGCAAGGCGAUUUUUAAACCUCCAAAGGCGAUGAGGGGAGGAAUUCCUAUCUGUUUUCCACAGUUUGGAAACUGUGGAUCACUUGAGCAACAUGGGUUUGCAAGAAACAAGAUGUGGAGCAUCGAUAAUGAUCCACCACCUUUGCAUCCUAGUGAUAGUGACGGCAAAGUUUUUGUCGACCUACUGCUUAGUCCGGCCGAAGAGGAUCUCAAGUGCUGGCCACACUGUUUUGAGUUUCGGCUCAGGGUAUCUCUCGGGAUGAAUGGGGAUCUUGCGAUGAUAUCACGUAUUAGAAACAUCGAUGCGAAGCCGUUUAACUUCUCAUUUGCUUACCACACUUAUUUAUCUGUUUCUGACAUCAGUGAAGUAAGGAUUGAAGGUUUGGAGACACUUGAUUAUCUGGAUAAUCUCUGCCAACGAGAACGUUUUACCGAACAGGGAGAUGCCAUAACUUUCGAGUCCGAGGUUGACCGAAUUUAUCUCGGCUCUCCAAAUAUAAUAGCUGUUAUUGACCAUGAAAAGAAAAGGACUUUCGUCAUAAAGAAGGAAGGUCUGCCAGAUGUUGUAGUAUGGAAUCCAUGGGAAAAGAAAUCAAAAUCAAUGACCGAUUUAGGGGACGAGGAGUACAAACAGAUGCUGUGUGUGGAUGGCGCAGCAAUUGAGAGGCAGAUCACCUUGAAGCCCGGCGAGGAAUGGACUGGUAGACUCGAGCUCUCUGUCGUACCUUCUAGCUAUUGUAGUGAUGAUCUUGAUCACUUUCGAUCUUGAUGAUCACUUCCGAGGCAUUUGAAGCUGUGCUGAUGAUUUCAAAUAAUAAGAUGCUCUUAUUUUUAUAGCAUGAAGGAAUCAUCAUCCCUUAUUCCUUGGAAUACAAUGUGGUACUUUUAACUACUUGUUCAAUGUAUGAGUCUUGACAAUAGAACUCUGGAUGUGUUCAGGAUGAAGUUUGGUUUAAUAUUACACUUUUGAGUGAAACUUGUAUAAAAAUUUGACAGAGUUUCUGCA